AUGUCGUUGGCAGAUCUGGCCAAGAGGGUGGAUCUGCGGUUGGAGUUUCUGGAUCCGACAUGGUUCCGUGGGAAGCGGGUGCUGGAUAUCGGAUGCAAUAGCGCUUUAUUGACGGUGUUUAUUGCAUUGCAUUACAAGCCGAAGAAGAUCCAGGGCGUCGACAUUGAUCCGAGCUUGAUUGGGAAGGCUCAGAACUUUGUUACUAACAUUGACGACGACAACGACAACGAGGAAGGUGAAGGUGCGAAUCAGGAGGAUUUGCCGUACGAGGAAUACUUUCCGAGGGCGAUGUACCGGAUACAUGGGCUCCUGCCCGUGCCCGAGAGGACAUCUAGGACAGAGGUGUUGUUCCCUCAUAAUAUUGAAUUGCGCGUAGCGGAUUGGGUCACAGAGACCGAUAACCACCAGGAUGCGGAGGCCGAGCAAUGGGAUAUCAUCUUUGCAUUCUCGUUGACGAAAUGGGUUCAUUUGCAUCACGGGGAUGCGGGACUGAAGAGGUUCUUCCAAAAGAUCUAUCGGAGCCUCGCCAAGGGUGGGAUCCUGCUACUGGAGCCCCAGGCAUACGAGACGUACAACAGGCGGAGCAAGAUCUUGCCAGAGAUGCAGACGACUUACAAGGAGAUCGCGUUCCGGCCAGAGAUGUUUCAGGAGUACCUGCUCGGUCCUGAAGUCGGGUUUCGUGAAGGAAGGCUGUUGGGGCAUUCGGAGGGAAGGGCCAGGAACUUCAACCGCGACAUUUAUAUGUAUAGGAAAUAA